GCUGGCCGAGCGCCCCCGGGCCGGGACGCGCCGCCCCGCGGGGCCGGGCUGGGCCGGGCUGGGCCGGGCGGGGGCGGAGCUGCCCGUGCCGCCUCCGCGGAGCGCGGCUCCCGGGGAGACCCGCGGAGCUCCGCGCUCGUCAUGCGCGACUACGAUGAGACCACCGCCUUCCUGGGCGAGUGGGGCCGCUUCCAGCGCCUCGUCUUCUUUCUGCUCAGCGCCAGCAUCAUUCCCAAUGGCUUCAACGGGAUGUCGGUGGUGUUCCUGGCCGGCACGCCCGAGCACCGGUGCGUCGUGCCCCGCGGGGCCAACCUGAGCGGCGAGUGGCGCAACGCCAGCAUCCCGCUGGAGCUGCGGGGCGGGCAGGAGGUGCCGAGCCGCUGCCGCCGCUACCGCCUGGCCGCGCUCGCCAACUUCUCGGCGCUGGGGCUGCGACCCGGCUCCGACGUGGAGCUGGAGGCGCUGGAGCAGGAGCCGUGCCUGGACGGCUGGGAGUACAGCCGCGAUGUCUAUCGCUCCACCAUCGUCACCGAGGAAAGACAAGCCAGGACAUGCCACCAGAAGAGCUCAGUGAAGAAACAGCUUCAGAACUCAACCGAAGAACAGAACUUGAUGUGGAACCUGGUGUGUGAGGACGACUGGAAAGCCCCACUGACCACCUCCCUCUUCUUUGUGGGGGUCCUCAUUGGCUCCUUCAUCUCGGGACAGCUCUCAGACAGGUUUGGCAGGAAGAAUAUCCUUUUUUUGACAAUGGCUGUGCAGACUGGCUUCAGUUUCCUGCAGAUCUUUUCCACCAGCUGGGAGAUGUUCACAGUUCUCUUUCUCAUUGUGGGGAUGGGACAGAUCUCUAACUACGUGGUGGCCUUCAUUUUGGGCACAGAAAUUCUUGGCAAAUCAGUUCGUAUUCUGUUCUCUACAUUAGGAGUUUGCAUAUUUUUUGCAAUUGGCUACAUGUUGCUGCCACUGUUUGCUUUCUUCAUCCGAGACUGGCGGAUGCUGCUGCUGGCGCUCACUGUCCCGGGGCUGUUCUGCAUCCCGCUCUGGUGGAUCAUUCCUGAGUCUCCUCGGUGGCUGAUCUCCCAGGGAAGAUAUAAGGAGGCAGAAGCUAUUAUCCAAAAGGCUGCAAAAAUGAAUGGCAUUCCAGCCCCAGCUGUGCUUUUUGACACUGCAGAGAUGCAGGAUUCGAAGCCUCAGCAGCAGCAGAAGGCUAUCCUUCUGGACCUAUUUCGAACCCGAAACAUUGCAACUAUUACUAUUAUGUCAUUACUUUUGUGGUUUUUCACAUCAGUUGGUUACUUUGGCCUAUCCCUCAGCACUCCAGACUGGCAUGGAAAUGCCUACAUCAACUGUUUCCUCUCGGCUGUUAUUGAAGUUCCAGCGUAUGUGAUCGCCUGGCUUCUCCUCCGCUCCCUCCCACGGCGCUACUCCCUGUCUGGCGUCUUGUUCUUAGGGGGAAGUGUUGUCCUCUUCAUUCAGCUGGUUCCUGCAGAACUGAAUGUCCUCUCUGUUGGACUGGUGAUGCUUGGGAAGUUUGGCAUCACAGCAGCGUUCUCAAUGCUUUAUGUCUACAACGUGGAGCUCUACCCAACGCUGGUGCGAAACAUGGCAGUGGGAGCGACUUCCACGGCCUCCAGGCUGGGCAGCAUCAUUGCUCCUUACUUCGUUUACCUGGGUGCCUAUGACAGAUUCCUACCAUACAUCCUGAUGGGGAGCCUGACUGUGCUGAUUGGGAUCCUGACCCUGUUUCUCCCUGAGAGCUUUGGCAAUCCACUGCCCGAGAGCUUUGAGCAGAUGAUGAAGGUGAAAUGUUUCAGAAAUGAGCAACAAACCACUGGCAUUAGGAGUUCCAAGGAGAGUCCUAAAAGUCUGAUAACACCUUUGUGAAGAAAGACACACCUCUCAGAGGGGCUGAAAGAAGAACACAGUCAUCUCAAAAUGCAUUUGCUGCCAGAGGAAAAUGAACAAAACCCAACAGCUACUGCACCACAGUCAUUGUCCCCCGUGCUGCUGUCCCCAGAUGAUGUAGUACACUGAGCAGAUGCUGUCUGCUCCUGUAGGACCAUUAGUCUGUCAUUCCGUGUCCUGUUCCCUGGCCUUUGUCAGCAGUCACAGCCCCUGCUGAGGAACGGGGGCCUGCCUGUGCUGAACACAAGCCAAGGAGUAAGCUGGAAGUGAGCCUUAGAAAUACCACAGCAGUGACUCCAGGCAGUCAGGUACUCGAUAAAAGCUGCUGAAAGGGAAAAGAAAAAAAAAAAAAGCAAACCUAAUGCUGGUGUUUUUUCUCACUUUGUGUGUUGACUGGAGGAAGGGGAGCUGGGUGUCUGCCUUUCCUGAAAGAAAGAUCCUGGCCUCCCUUGAAGUCUAUGACCAAAGCCCAUAGACUAAGUGGAGUCAAAAUUCAUUUGUAGCAGAGGAGACACAGACUUCCCUGUAAGGACAUGGGUUUAAAACACACCAUCAGAGUGGCUUUAGAUGUCACUUGCUUUUCCCAGGACCUGGGAUCCCCCUGUUCCUGUAAAAGCUGCUGCUCUUUCAUAAAGCCUGAGCCCACCCAAAACCCUCAGCUUUGUGAAUCUUCAGCAUCUUUGGGGAAGGGGAAAAUCUUGAGCACUGAGAAAGGACUGUAGUUUGCUGACUUUCUGGUGGGUCACACCCACUUUCAACAGAAAAGUGAGCUGUAGCAAGUCCGUGAUCCUGUCCCAAUGUGCCAUGCAUUAUAGCUUUCAGGUUUUUAGUGGUAUGUGGGCAUAAGCAGUUUUUUAGCUCUCUUGGGGUGGUGUUUUUUCUUUUUCACAAAGUAUUUAAUUUCUUCUUUGAAUACAUACCACUUUGUUCUGCACCUUCAGAGAACACUCACUGCAGUUUCAAAAGCUUUCACAAAACCUUUGUAGCAUUUACAAACUUAAAAGCGAUUUGAUGCUCACAAAAAUCUGAUUUUCUGUACUGGAUAUGUUGACCUGCAGCUAUUAAAAAUUUAAAAGGACUAAUUUGGGACCACAGGGUUUUAUUAAAAAAAAAAAAACAGAAAAAAACCAAAAACCCAAACACCAACAAAAACCAGUGUUUUGUUUUCCAAAUCCUACAGAUUAUGUAUGUUUGCUUUUUUGGUUUAAGUUCAGCAAAACUCGAUUGGAUGACGAUAAAUGUAGAGCUCAGAGUUGUGCUACUACUGUUUUAUGAACACUACAUUGUUUGAAGAGUGUGAUUCCUCUUAUUUUUUUAUUUAUUGGCUGUAUGUGCACUUCUUGGUCACUUUAAGUCUGUCAGACUUGGUAGACUGAUUUUUCUCCUCUAUAAAUAAAAAUCAGCCCUGCUUCACCUUUUGUAAGGGCUAACAAAAGCACAGUGUCUCAUCUCUAAUGCAUGAGUUCAGGGUAGGUUGUCUUGUGCUGGCUCUUGGCACAAGAAUGAGGCUCUCCCUGAAGUCCAAGCACAAAUAUUAAGCUUUAUAACGACUGCAAGGAACUUGUGCAAUUAACUCAAGCUGCUUUUGGGAGUUGAAAUACUAUUUUUAAUUUCCUGCAGUUAUGCUUUUGCCAUAAAUGUAACAUGGCAUAAGAGAACCUGUGACUCCUGAUCUUCUCAUCCCUUCUCAAUCAGUUUCUCUAAUAACAGCAGUAUUUAACCUUACAGAGUUAAUCUAAAGAUGUACUGUUUAGAUGUAACUUAAUUUCUCAAGAAAGCCUUUUUAUCAGCAUAGGACAGGUUUGAGGACUUGAGUUAAAUAUAGGUGGCCAAAUUUUUAUGAGGAUUGUUAUUUUGAGACUUAUUUUAUGUCAUCGUAGGCUUGGGUAUUUCUAAAAGGUAAAUAUUUUUGUACUCUUGAACCUUUCAGUAUCUUAAAACCUGUUUUUCCUUUUUAAAUAAGAAAAAAUACAGUGUUUUUAAAAAUACAGUGUUUUAACCAGUCUCAUUUUUCUUACUUAAACCAUUGAUCUCAGGCUAGUGUCACACUUUAGUAUUUUUUGUAGCAGAUUUGAUAAUAUUUCAGGGGGGUGGAAUGUCCUUAUAACAACAUCACAUAAUUUGAAGGCCUUAUGGAGUCUGAGCAUAGUGGAAAUGAGGGAAACCCCAGCUGGAUUGUUCUUACUGACAUGGGGGUCAUCUCCCUGUCCCUCGUCUGUAACCUCUGUCACAUUUUCUGGGGUCUCUCUGUGCAGCCUUGGAUCCUCAGCUGACUUGCUGGAUCUGCUAAUAAUUGUAUGAAGCUGUAGUAAUUGUCAGUCAUUGCCCUCAGUUUUCAUUGCAAUAAAAAUGUGCACUGACAUUGUUUCAA